GCUCGAAUGCGCCGAGGCGCUGCGCCGAGCGAGCGGCUGCAGCUCACAGGCCCCGCGAGCAUUCGCUGCAGGCACGACGGUGAGAUUCGUGUCGCCUUGUGCGAUCGGCGAGAGGAGAAUUGCAGGUCGAUGGUGGGGGAGGGCCGGUGACCGAGAUCGCGAGGUGCGUCACCGUAGAGUCGGACACGGCGAUCGCUUUCCUUCUUUCCUUCUUUCUUCUUUCUCGGUCCCGGAGCUCGGGCUGUUGGUGUUCGUGCAUAAUUCGAGGGAAAUGCUGCAGACGGUGCAUCUGUAGCACUAUCUUCGUAUUGAGCAUGCAUUCAUCGCACUCUGAGCAUGUAAGCUGUUCGCAGCUUUUCAGAGCUCGUGUCCCAACGUGGAAACUGCCUGCACUCGUCCUCGUACUCGCUUUCGCUUGGACCUACGCGCCUAAAGGAAGUUUUCGCAUUCACGCAGUCACAUGCUCGGACGUACCUUCGGACUCACCUGAAGGUGAGUACGAGUCGACUGCGAAGUCAAAGGAUCUCGUUGCUCGAAUACCAACAUCAUCGACACCAGUUCAUGUUUCCACGACACUUUCCGCUUGGCUGUUAGUCGGGGCAGGAAUCAUGCAGCGGCGAGAGGUUUUACACCGCACUCGGUCUCAGUCUGCUGUCAACGUGACGGAGCGGCAGUCGCUACAUGUAGGCAGACCGGAUCGAUCAUCGAGUCUGCCUGCAAACAGACUGUGCAUGCAUAUGGAGCUCGGAGUGCUCACUAACGCAGAGUAGCUAGAUCUCCACAGGUACAGCUUUCACUGGUUUCAAGCAUGCGCGCAUCUCUUCUGUUCGGUGAGAUGCUAGAAAAGCAAACUGGAAUCAAACGUCGGCAGAAAUCUAAUGUUUUGUAUUACGGACUCUAUGAAUCCAUCUGUCUCUUGUACAUCUAUACACCAUAAGUGUGGACUGUGCAAACCAUGGCCAUGGCAGUUCAACCACCGUGGUCUGGACAAUU